AUGGAGUACCUUCCUAGUCUUCAACAAGAGUUCGAUGAGCAUAAGCCAUCACUUUUCGAACUCCUUGCCGAACAACAACUCUCCGAUCUCCUACCACCUUCUAUUCGAUACCUUCUCGCGGUCGCGACUCACCGCCACCCCCGGUACCUUCUCCGGAUCCUCAAUUCAUAUGACGAAGUCUACGCCCUCCUCUCCCUCGUUGUCGAACGCUAUUAUCUGCGCACCUUCGGCGGAUCUUUCACAGAGAACUUCUACUCUCUCAAGCGCGAGCGCGUUCUCCGCACCAAGAAUGGCGAAAUCCCACGCGCCCAGGUCGGCGCUGACGGUCCGGUCCGCGACGCCCUCAAAUUGCACUCCAUCGACGUGUGGAAGAACCUGUUGGUGAUGGUCGGUGUUCCAUAUCUGAAGCGCAAGCUAGAUGAAGGAUAUGAUAUCCACGCUGCGCCACAAGCGUCUCUGGUGAUGGGCGGCGGGCCGCGAUACAACCCCAGCGAUGACCUACCUCACAACCCGACAGUGCGCCAGCGCAUCUUCCACUACUAUAAGUGGUUCUUGCGCAAUGUCUACCCAUCUGUGAAUGCGGCAUAUUACUUCUCUGUUCUGGCGUUCAACCUCGCCUACCUCUUCGAUAAUACCAAAUAUUCCUCUCCAUUCCUCUGGUUGAUCGGCUCUCGCAUUCGCCGCCUCGGGGCCGCCGACCAUCGUGCCAUCGCUGCAGUUCUCGAUCCCAAGCCCGCCCCCGGUGGCAGUCGAUCCCAGCGACCAGGCUCGGGAUUGAUGGGUCUGCUCAGCCCACAGAACCUGAACACCCAGCUUCUGACCUCUCUUCGCUACUUCCUCCCAGCAUCUAUCUUUGCGCUGAAGUUCCUGGAAUGGUGGCAUGCUAGUGAUUUCUCUCGUCAAUUAUCCCGCAAAGCGACCGAAGUCCUCGACCUCCCAGCCCCCGUGAUCUCAGGCCUCACUAAUACGGCCGAACGAAAGAAAUCCGCGGAAGAAGAGGAGAAGAAGAAGAAGCAGGUCGCUGAGCAAGAGAAGAAGGUUGCUUCUGGAGAUCUCAAGUCGGCUCUCAAGUCACCACGACGACACCAACCUCCUAUUUCAGCGACCUCCUACCUCCCCAUCUUCACUGUUCCUCUACCCCCCAGCCGAUACUUCCAGCGCUAA